UGUUAAGAGAGAAUAGACCGAUAAUAUAGCAGUGGGGUUCUGAGUUCUGAUGGUCAACCUCUGUAGAGAAAUUAUUGAGAUUUUCGUAAUUUCUAACGUCAGAUUCGUUUCUUUAGUAAUUCACUGCGGAGUGCGGACCCUGAUUAAUAAUCGGUGUAGCAUAGCCACCCACCCACCUCCCACAAUAAGACCCAAGUCUCUUCAUCCUUUUCUUCUGCUCUUUCCCUCUCUCCUCCAUCAAACAUUUGUCAAAGCCUCAACAGGCAUAAGUCUACAUUUCUGCCGAGUGUUAAUGCUUGAUUCAGAUCGACUUAACAUGGGCUUUGGGGAUCUGUGUAAUACGGGACUUUCUCUGGGUUUGGCCUCCCAAAUUAUGCCUGAGACACGACCAAAAUCCGAUCACCCAAGGACUAAAUCAUGCUUGAAUUUUGACAAAUUAUUUCUGUAUUCCUCCUCCACGUCUGCUGUGAUCAUCAAGAGUGAAGAGCCUUUACUAACGUUGAGCCUUUCGGACGAUAAGUAUCAACCGGCGGCAGAAAAUAUGGACGUGGACAAGGCGGGUGAUGAUUCCUCCGCCGUUCGACAAGCUUCUCCUCACAGUGGAAUCUCAUCUUUUUCUAACGCUAGCGUCAAGAGGGAGAGGGAUCAUGGGGCUGAAGAAGUGGAGGUAGAGAGGGUGUCUUCCAGAGUCAACGAGGAAGAUGAUCAGGAAGGUUGUGCCAGGAAGAAACUUAGGCUUACCAAAGAACAAUCUGCCCUUUUGGAGGAAAGCUUUAAAGAGCACCAUACUCUCAAUCCGAAGCAAAAACAAGCCUUGGCAAAACAAUUGAAUCUGCGACCUCGACAAGUGGAAGUUUGGUUUCAAAACAGGAGAGCCAGGACAAAGCUGAAGCAAACGGAAGUAGACUGUGAGUUCUUGAAGAAAUGCUGCGAGUCACUCACUGAUGAGAACAGGAGAUUAAAGAAGGAGCUACAGGAGCUCAAAGCGUUGAAGCUAGCACAGCCUCUAUACAUGCAACUGCCGGCGGCCACCCUCACCAUGUGCCCAUCGUGUGAGAGGAUCGGCGGCAUCGCCAGCGACGGAUCGUCCAAGGCUCCCAUUGCAAUGGCGUCAAAACCCCAUUUCUAUAACUCUUUCACCCAUCCAUCUGCAGCUUGUUAGAAAAAUAAGAAGACCCACCGCCGGCCGGUAUUACAUACAUCAGGUCAUAACAACAACCCUCGUCAUUUUGUUCAGGGUUUGUAUUGUAUGUCUCCAGACUCCAGUUUUUUUUUUUUUUUCUUCUUCUUUUGUCUAAGAAGAAAAUUAGUGUAAUUAAUUAAUUAAUUAAAUUGAUAUUUUAUAGAAAGAGAAAUACUUAAUGAUGGAUAUGAAUUAGAAACUA